CGGGCUCCCGGGGCGGCUGAUGGGAGGCGGCGGCCCGGGCAGGCGAGCCACCGCGCGGCCGUCGCCAUGGGGAAUAAGCAGACCAUCUUCACGGAGGAGCAGCUGGACAACUACCAGGACUGCACGUUCUUCAAUAAGAAGGACAUCCUCAAACUCCACGCCCGGUUCUAUGAGCUGGCCCCCAACCUCGUCCCCAUGGACUACAGGAAGAGCCCCAUCGUCCACGUGCCCAUGAGCCUCAUCAUCCAGAUGCCGGAGCUCCGGGAAAACCCCUUCAAAGAGAGGAUCGUGGAGUCCUUUUCUGAGGAGGGCGAUGGCAACCUCACCUUUAAUGACUUCGUGGACAUGUUCUCUGUGCUGUGCGAGUCGGCACCCCGGGAGCUCAAAGCAAGCUACGCCUUCAAGAUUUACGACUUUAACACGGACAACUUCAUCUGCAAAGAGGACCUGGAGCUGACGCUGGCCCGGCUCACCAAGUCAGAGCUGGACGAGGACGAGGUGGUGCUGGUGUGCGACAAGGUCAUCGAGGAGGCGGAUCUGGAUGGGGACGGCAAGCUGGGCUUCGCGGACUUCGAGGACAUGAUCGCCAAGGCGCCUGACUUCCUCAGCACUUUCCAUAUCCGGAUCUGAGGAGCCUGCAGGGGCCUAAAGCCCCCCUCCAGACUUCUGUCUGCACAGGGGUGUCACCUUCAC